UGAGGAGCAAAACUUAAGGAUCACUGAACCAGCUGGUAUAGUCGGUGUUUGAUGUUUCGCUCAGGCAGUUGAGAGCUCCUCCUCUAGGGCGAGAAGUGUGGUAGGCAGCGCUUCGACUGAAAAUGGCCACUGUUAUUCCGGACGACGUGCAGUCUUUUAAAGCAGCGUUCGAAGUUUUCGACCAUGACAAAACCGGAGAAAUAAGUUACGUAGAUUUUCCAAACGCAGUUCGAGCCAUCGGCUUCAACCCGACGAACAACCAAGUGGUCGAGGUGCUCAAAGCUGCCAACAAGGGCGAAAAAGAUAAAAUUAAUUUUGACGAAUUUGUAGACAUGUUAGGGAAGUUUAACGAAUGCAGGAAGGAGGACGCCGAGGAAUCACUCCGCGAAGCAUUCAAGAAGUUCGACCGUGACGGUAACGGCUACAUAUCCCCGGAUGAAUUACUGUACGUUGUAUGUAACAGCGGCGAGAAGCUGAGUAGAGAAGAGGCAGAGGAACUCAUCGGUAUGUUUGACAAAAACGAUGACGGCCAGUUGUCUUGGGAAGAAUUUGUGGAAUUCUUUAAAUGCGACAGAGAAGCUACAGAAGGUAACGUGACCAUCCCGGAAGAAUCUUCCCAAGAAGAACCACAGCUCAUUUAGAGUUGUCAGAUUUAAGGUUUUGUACCACAACAGUCACAGUUAGUCACACAACACUUGCGAUCACGCUGGUCAACUUCGCAAAAAAGGAUCAAGUAGUGACUGUUUCGAAAUCACAGAUAUUUAUUUCAGAAUGACUCCGCAGAUAUCCUCAUGACCGAUGGUGAAAUUUCAAAUUAUUUCAAGCUUUAACACAGUUAUAAUUUACGUGACAGAUCUCAUGCAUGAAUUGAAGUUCCUUCAAUUCCUCAGUGGCUUCAAAACCUUAUCACACCGAAAAGAUUUCUCUUUUCAGGGAAGUUUUUUGAUUUGUACAUAGCUUGUAACAUGACCCAUUGGGUUGACCGCCUCCUGUUCAUGUACGUAUACUUUAAGAGCAACUUCACAGUGAAAAUCUGCACCUUUUUCAAUUUGAUAUUAUAUAAAGAGUUGAGCUAUCUAUUUUCGGACAGACUUGAAAACUGCAGCAACUUGUCUGAGCGUUCCCAGCGAUUUGUUAUCCCAGUGUAAAAUGAAAAGAAACAACAAGCUUUAUCACAUCUUUCUUGCAUAUCGUUCUUGCAAGUGAUGAGAACUUUCCAACAAUCCUUCCCAAAUGGUCAUGCAGUGAAGCGUUAUUUGCCAAAAUUUAGUUUAUGGAGGUUGCAUAACAAUGGCUUCUCUCUCACCACAAUGAAACAAACCUCCAAGCCCUGAAUUUCCAGCCAUGUUAACUUAAACUACCCUUUACUUCACGCGAAUAACUGCACGAUUAACGCAUACGGGGUUAACUUACUGCACGCUUGACAGCGCGCAAAUAGCUGAACGUUAGCAAGUCCACGCUUGACAGCACGCCAAUAACCGCAGACCUUACUGUGCACAUGACUGCGAGCGCUACACGCUUAAGUGCCCUGGAGCUGCUUAGCUACUUACUAAACUGCACGCUGCAAUGUCACCCGCCUGUCACCGGUCAUACAAUUUAAAUACAAACAAACUAAGUAAAAAACAAACUUCUAAGCUAUGAAAGAGUACCUAUGUAAGAGAAAAUCCUAAACAUCGAUAGAAGACUUGCUGCUUAAAUCCGAUUUGAAAGGAAUCAACACCGGUUCGACUUCUUCCUUAAUAAAUUUGGACACCUGCAGGGAAAAUGGGAUAAAGUGUAAGUUCGGCGCAAUUGAUUCUGGGUAAUCAGGCUCAGCCAUAAAGUUGAUCAAUGGGUUGUCAGUCGAUUGGGAGUCCAAAGAAUCAAAAAUCAUCUGAGCUCUGUGAUUGGUCCCCAAAAUGCCCCGUUAAUUUACGAUCAUUUCCGUGUCGCUCUUAGUAAACCUUCAUAUCACACAGAAAAUAAUGUUAAUGUCAAAUCAAGGAAUGACUUUCAUGACUCGCUUUUAAAACGAGGCUGAGGGGAACCUAAGACAUGAACGACAACUCAAUCGAUCGUUUGAAAGACUACACCAAAUAGUGACCUAUUAAAUCAUAUUUUCCUUCGCCUAAGCCCAGCGCAUUUGUAAGCAACAGCAUCCAAUCAGCUCAAAUAUGCUUGGAUAAUUGUAGCGGAAGUUUUCUGUUCAGAGAAGCAAACUGACAGCUUUCCAAGAUUUUCGAGGGCAGACCGACAGUUUUGGCAACGGAUAUUGCCCAGCUGUAUUCAAGGCAUAUUCCGUUACGUUCAGAACAAUCGUGGUCGAACCAUAACAUUUGGAGAACUGUAACUCUUAUAAGUCUACCCUAUUGUUUACCUCACCUUUAUUGGCAACUAUUCUAUGACAAUCAAUUUGUAAUAGCUUGAUUUUUUAAUCACAAAGGCAUAUAUUUUCUUAACUUAAAUUCUGUGCAAGGGCUGGGACUUUAUAGGCACUUGAACUUCUCAUUUCACAUAUCAUUGCAAGGCAUAUCAAGAGAAGGAAAAAAUAGAAUGCAAAAAAAACGUGUAUCGAAUGACUUUCAGCAGGGUGGAUUACUGUUUUCCCCUUUUUCCCCUCAUAGCUUUAUACUUCUUAAUUCCACUCCUUCAAAAACAAGGCUUUUCUAACCUGCUGGGGUGCACGCCCCACAAACGUACUAGCAUCCAAGAUGGCGUCCAGCUGAUUGUGAAUUGGAGCAAAGUAUUCACAUUUCCUGAUCCUGUCAACCAAAUCAUUGUCACCACCUUGCUCCUUGACAACCGCCCCAGACUCCUGGGACAGAACGCGGAUCUUCUCGUGACACUCCUGUCAGAUGCAAAAGUAAAGAGAAUCUUUAUUUUAGAUUGAAAGCAGGCUUCUUAAAAAAAGUUAGAAUGGAAAAAAGUUAUGCACGUUAUGCACGUCAUAAAAUCUCUUGUGAUAAGAGAAUAAGUUUUUGUUUACAAC